AUGGCAGUUUCCGGUACAACAAACGAUGCUUGGGAUUCGGCUAUGGUAGGUUUUGAUGCUGGUGACGGCGAACAUUAUUAUGCAGUACAGGGAUCUAGAACUUCUGAUAUUAUAAAUAUUCCGCAAAUAUCUAAUAUUGGAAUUGCAGGAAAGUUUAUAUUUCGUGUUGAUAUGAAUGCAGUAGAACAAGCUACAAUGAUCAAUGAAUGUGAUAACCAGAUAUGUCAGAAUGAUGGAACUUGUGAAGAUUUAGAUGGAUUAUCGAGGUGGCGCUGUAACUGUCUGCCUGGGUUUACUGGUAUACAUUGUGAAACAGAUUUAAAUGAGUGUGUGAGUAAUCCAUGUAUGCACGGAGCAACAUGUAGAGAUAAUGAUAAUUCUUAUGUGUGCGACUGUCAACCUGGAUAUGUAGGAAAUAACUGUCAAAUAGACAUUGAUGAAUGUCAGAGCAAUCCAUGUUACAACAAUGCUUCGUGUAUUGAUAAAACACCUGGAUGGGACUGUGCCUGUUUACCAGGAUAUACCGGAAACAGAUGUCAGAGAGCUGGUAUCCCAUUACACAUGUUUUAUCCAUAUGGCCUUUCAACUGGCGACACUCGGCUACCAAGGAAUGACGAUGGAAGCUCUAGCGAAAUUAAUAUCAGCACAGCAUUUCCUUUCUUCGGCCAUCGUCACAGAUCACUUUUUGUAGGUUUUGAUGCUGGUGAUGGGGAACAUUAUUAUGCUGUAAAUGGAUCUAGAACCUCUGACAUUAUAAACAUUCCUCAGAAAUCUAAUAUUGGAGUUGCAGGGAAAUUUAUAUUUCGUGUUGAUUUGUCUUCAGUAGAACAGGCUACAAAAAUUGAUGAAUGUGCAAGUAUGCCCUGUCAUCAUAAUGGGAACUGUUCGGAUUUGUUGAAUACGUACAGAUGUCAUUGUAGGGAAGGAUUUACUGGAAACAGUUGUCAGAUAGAUAUUAAUGAGUGUGUGAGUAAUCCAUGUAUGCACGGAUCAACAUGCAGAGAUAAAGCUAAUUAUUAUGUGUGCGACUGUCAGCCAGGCUACAUAGGUGAUAACUGUCAAUUAGACAUUAAUGAAUGUGCAAGUACGCCCUGUCAUCAUAAUGGGAAAUGUUUGGAUUUGAUAAAUGCGUACAGAUGCCAUUGUAGGCAAGGAUUUGCAGGAAAAAGCUGUCAGAUAGAUAUAAAUGAGUGUGGGAGUAAUCCAUGUAUGCACGGAGCAACAUGUAGAGAUAAGGCUAAUUCCUAUGUAUGCAAUUGUCAGCCUGGAUAUAUAGGUGAUAACUGUCAAAUAGAUAUUGAUGAAUGUCAGAGCAAUCCAUGUUACAAUAAUGCUUCAUGUAUUGAUAAAACACCCGGAUGGGACUGUGCCUGUUUAUCUGGGUAUACCGGAAUCAGAUGUCAGACAGAGAUAGACGAAUGUCAAAGUAAUCCCUGUAGAAGUAAUGGAACAUGUGUGGAUCUUCCUGAUGGUUAUCAAUGUAUUUGUUCAAAUGAAUCAUUCGGACAGCAUUGUGAAAAAUAUACAAAUGAUUGUGCAAAAGAACCAUGUCAAUAUGGAUAUUGUGUGGACCAAGUCAAUGACUUCGUUUGUGAAUGUGUAACUUUAUUUAAUGGAAAACGAUGCACAAAAAGUAAAUAUACAACCAUACAAAGAUAUGAAUCUUAUUUCAAUAGAUUAAAGUAUCCAAUACCUUAG